UCUCCAAACCCUAGCCCAAACUCCAUCCACUCCAUCCACUGUGUCGCCGCCACCAGCAUCCACUCCGCCGUCACCACCGUCCCCUUCCUCCUCCUCCCACCCGCCGCUGCGGGCGCCGCUGCUCAUCACCAUCUCCUUCACCUUCUCUUUCCCCACCCUCACGCCGCCGCCCACCACGCCGUCGUCCUCCUCCUCCUCGGUCGCGCUUCGAUCCCCAUCGCCAUGGCCUUGGGUGGCGUGUCCAUGGCCAUCAUCGCCAUGGCCUUGGGCGGCGGCGGCGGCGGCGGAGGCGGGAGCGUGAAGGGGAGGGACAUGGCGGGGAGCGGAUGGGCGGCCGACGCCUGCUGCACGGCGGCGACCUCCUCGACGCGGCGCUCGAGGCGGCCAAUGCGCGCAUCGGCCUCGUCGCGGAGGCGGCGCACGCCGUCGAGCACGUGGUAGGGUCGUGGCGGGACAGCCACCGCGCGAUGGCGGUGUCGGCGGCCUCCAUACGGCGGGCCAGCUGGGCGGUGCGUUACAUGUUCCACCGCCGGCGCCAACAGCCGAGCGGCUAGCAGAUCAGGUGGCGAUGGAAGGCCAGCGCCGCCGCCGCCAGGAGGAAGGCGAUGGAGGGCGCGGAGGUGGAAGGGGAGGGCAAGGGGAAGCACUGGAUGGAGGAUGACAAAGUGGGCCACGUAAGCUAUUCCCCGAGUUCUCUCACUAAACGCCACUCUGCUCUUUGCUCUUCCUCCAGGACCCCAAGGCCAUCAAGAUACGGCGGCACGCCUUCCAUCUCCACCAGUCGGGGUCAACCACGCUUUCCGCGUCGGCGCUACGUACUCCUGCCGCCGGGAUCACUGGCGGAGUCGCCGCCGCUUCUCGAUCGCAUCUGCUUGGCUCACGGCCACUCAGGGGGAGUUGCGCUUACCUCCGCGUCGCUCGUCGAGCCGUUCUUGGUCGAGGAGCAGCACAAUAGCCCCAGCCAGGAUAUGCAACCGAGGUUGGUACCAGAGGCUCAUCUUGAUGUGCUCGUUGAGAGUAAGGAAUCAAGGAGCACUAGAGACGGGAAGACUGGAGCUCUACGGACAAAUGUGCCAAAAACCAACUGAACCGUGAAAAAGUUCAGUUUCAGCAGCGUACCGGAUCUCGGUCUUACAUUGCACAUGCCUAUGUCGUGGUAAGGAAAAAAUGAUGAUGUCAUCUAGUUGGAUGUAGUUUUUGUGUUUCCUGAUGGAGGUGUUUAGAUCCAGUGGAGAUAUAUAUCUUCAUAUUGAUAGUGGCUCUACAUAAUGCUAUAUGAUUUAAAGCUUUAGUAGGCUCCCUCUUCAUGUGAGAUUAUCUGCAGCCCUCCCUACAUGUUUUUCUGCAGCAGCGUGGGUUGGCCCUCUAUUCAGCUUUUGCUGCCCUUGUUUUGCAUUGUAUAGGUAUAGCAAUAUGCCAUUCUGUAGUGGCAUACCUCUACAGUGCAAAACAAGGACAACAAGAGGUGGCAAAGCUCUAACCCCUGCUACAGCAAAACAUGGAGGGAGAAUAGCAGGUUAUCUCACACUUUGACCAUGUAAAAAUAUGCUCAUGUUUUAUCCAUAAAUUUCUAUCAGUUUGGUUUGAUUGCUCUUGUCAUGCUUAUGCUUAUUUGGGGUGACAUCAAUUAAGUUUAUACAUGGCAACCACUGUCAAUGUUUAACAAAAAGAAUCAAUGUCAACCAGAAUGCUUGUUCUGGAGGACAUGUUUUUGUGUUAUCUGUGUACUUUAACAUAACCAUUACUCAUGCCAUCAUGUUUCUCUCAACAUUGCAGAAGCAAGAAAAAUACAAAGACAGUGAGCCCACUGCAAUUGAUCUCUUUAAGGAGUUGCAUUGCAGCAAAACUAAAGGUUGCAUUGCUGCUUGGUGGAAUUUUUUUUGCUGGCUGCUGGCAAGAUAUACGCCGAAACUUAGUAGUGGCUGCUAGGUGGAAUUUUUUGGUGCAGGAACUUGGCACUACCUGUAGGAACUUUGUAGUCGGCUGGGACUUGUGUAGUUGGAUGGUGGAUGAAUCAUUUUGUAUUCAUGUUUUGUGCUUUUGUAUGGAAACUGUAUUCUGGAACUUGCUUUUGUAUGGGGCUGGAAAAUUAAUUAUAGCUAGAAUGUGAUUGUAAUAUAAUUAUAGAAAUGGUUGUGGUUUAUAUUCUAUGAUUGCUUUUUAA